AUGUCCCGAUCCAUCCGGGGCACAGGAAUUUUCACGCGGUGCGUGAAGGCAGCCCUGAGCCCCCUGUGUCGGGCGGGGUUGAAGGUCCUGCCAUAUCUCGACGACUGGCUCGUCUGCGCGCCGUCGUGUCGCAAAGUGGGUCUGGCCACGGCCAGGGUCCUUGCCCACGUCGAGGCGCUGGGGAUGACGGUGAACCUGCAGAAGAGUUCUCUGGUUCCGACUCAGCGGGUGGAUUUUAUCGGCAUUGCCAUAGAUUCUGUGGCCAUGCGGGCGAGGCUGACCGAGCAGAGGAGGGUCCGGAUUCGGUCCUUGCUCCGGGCCUUUCGCCUUGGGGCGGCACCCCCGGUCCAGGUGUGGCUGCGACUGUUGGGGAUGCUGGUCUCGGCUUCUGCACUGGUGCCUCUCGGGCUGCUCCACCUUCGGCCCUUGCAGAGGUGGUUCAACGGCUUCCGCCUGGAUCCCCGGCGACACCGACGGGUCGAGCUGGAGGUCACGAGCAGCUGUGUGGCUCUUUUGCGUCGUUGGGACGAUGUCGCCUACCUGAGUCUCGGCGUCCCGCUUGGCGCGGUUCCCGCCAGACGGGAGGUGGUCACGACGGAUGCGUCACCCCGGGGGUGGGGGGCGCAUUGGCAGUGCAGGUCGGUCCAGGGGUUGUGGAGCCCCCGUCAGGCACGGCUUCACAUCAAUGUCCUGGAGUUGAAGACCGUCUACUUGGCGCUGAGGCGCUUCUUGCCCUUUCUGCGGGGCAAGCACGUGCUCAUCCGGAUGGACAGCACCUCGGCGGGCGCUGCACCUUCCGGGGUGGAGGAACUUGGUGGCGGAUUGCCUGUCCCGGCGGGGUCUUCCCCCGGGGGAAUGGAGGUUGCACCCUCAGGUGGUGCAGAGGGUGUGGCAUCAGUUCGGAGAGGCCCAGGUGGAUCUGUUCGCCUCGAGGAGCAGCACACAUUGCCCUCUGUGGUUCUCCCUGGCAGAGGCCGACGCCCCUCUGGGGAUGGACGCCCUCGCCAAUGCCUGGCCGUUGGUUCGGCUGUACGCUUUCCCGCCGUCUCCGUUGAUCUUACCAACCCUCCAUCGGGUGAGGGACUCGUCACACGAGGUCCUUCUGGUGGCGCCAGACUGGCCCAUGAGGCUCUGGUUUCCAUUGCUUCUCAGUCUGCUGAAUGGAGAGCCAUGGCGGUUGCCGGCGAGACGGGACCUCCUGUCUCAGAUGGAGGGGAGGAUUUGGCAUCCGUCCCCAGAUCAUCUUCGGCUCACGGUGUGGCCAUUGAAAGGGGCAGGCAGCCCCCAGUCGGCUUAGAGCCCUCCAUCCAGCAGGUGCUGGAUAGUGCCAGGGCUCCGUCUACAAGGGCCACGUACGCUCGCUGUUGGCAGCGGUUCGCUACCUGGUGUUCUGGCAGGGACGUGGACCCUGGUUCUUGUUCCCUGCAUGAGGUUCUGCGGUACCUCCGGCACCUGUUCGACAAGGGCCGGGCCGCCUCGACCCUUAAGGUACACCUGGCGGCUAUUUCGGCCAACCACCUCUUGGUGGAUGGCAGGAGCAUUGGGGCUCACUGUUUGGUGACCCAGUUUCUGCGGGGCGUGAGAAGGUUGCGUCCUGCCUUGUGCAGGCCGGCACCUGCUUGGGACCUUCCCCUGGUCCUCCGGGCCAUGUGUGGGCCACCCUUUGAGCCAAUGACUACCGCCCCGUUGGCAGUGGUGUCUGUGAAAACCGCCUUUCUCUUGGCAGUGACGUCGGCUAAACGGGUCAGUGAGCUGCACGCACUGGACAUCAGCCCCGCCUGCCUGCGGUGGAAGGCAGAUGGGUCGGGGGUGACGCUGUGGCCCAACGUCGCCUUUCUUCCCAAGGUUCUGCCCGCGGGCUACGUGAAUGCCGCAAUCGAGCUGGGGGCGUAUUUCCCUCCCCCAUUUCUUUCGGAGGAACAACGGCGGGCGAAUUUGCUGUGCCCGGUCCGGGCACUGCAGCUCUAUAUUGUGGCCACAAACACUGUCCGGCAGUCGAACCAGCUGUUUGUCUGUCACGGAGGAGUGAACAGGGGUCGGGCCCUCUCGAAGCAGAGGCUGUCGCAUUGGGUCGUGGACGCCAUUGCGAUGGCUUACGCGGCAGUGGGUGCCGUGGCUCCCCCUGGGAUCGUGUGCCAUUCCACCAGGAGCGUUGCUACAUCCUGGGCGGCGAUGAGAGGUGUGCCACUGGCGGACGUCUGUGCUGCGGCGUCCUGGGCAACUCCGUGCACGUUUGCACGCUUCUACCGCCUCAACGUUGGCCACGGGUCCGCGCUCGCUGCGGCGGUGCUGCCUCUGGCGGCUACCUCCUGAGUGACGGGAUUCCUGAAGAUGUUCAGAUGGUGGUAAUUAAAGAAGAAGUUUCUGAAGAAUGGCCAUCUGAUGUGGACCAGCAGGACCCAGAUGCUCUCGACCAAAAGGAAGAAGGGGAGGAUAGGUGGACCAUUCUGGAAGGAGAGCACCUUAGUGUGAAGGAGGAGACUGAUGAAACCGGGAUUUCAUUCACUGCAGUUUCUUUGAAGAAUGAGGAAGACGAAGAGAAACCUCUGUUGUC